AUGCGGGGACCUGGCGGCAGCAGCACCAAGGCCUUCAAGCAGGGGUUCCUCAGGAGCUUCCUCCUGAGCCUGAGAUCCUGCGGGAACGGCGCCAUGGGCCUGCAAGAAAGGAAGCGCGCCGUCCGGUCGUCCGCCGACAUCGCCAUGGCCACCACCCGCGGCAACGGAGCCAUGUGGCCGCAGGCCCUUCUAGCAGCAGCAUCGUCAUCAUCUUCGCCGUCGUGGAGUAGGCGGUUGCCGGCUGCAGCCACGGCGAAGGCGACGACGAGGCGGAAGAAGGUGGCGAGGAGGUGCUGUCCCCAGAGGAGGACGACGGCGAGCAGCGGCGAGAUCGCGAGGAGGCUGGUGAGGAAGCGGACCAAGGUGCUGCGGGGGAUGGUGCCCGGCGGCGAGCUCCUCGACGGCGCCUCGCUGCUCCGCGAGGCCGUGGACUACGUCGUCCACCUGCGCGCGCAGGUCGCCGUGCUCCGCCGCGUCUCCAACGCCAUGCAACAGAGACCGUCGUCCCACCACCACAUGGCAGGGGCUGUUGCACCUGCACCGCCAGUGCAGUUGAAAACAGAGACGACCGGAGCGGCUCAAGCCUCGGAUGGAAACCAAGAAUAG